AUGAACUGCUGGUCGUGUGAAGGUGCCUCGGAAGGAUCGCCUUCCUACGAUCCACCAACGUUGACCCAGAGUUCACGUAGUCUCGGAGGCUCACAGAUAAUCUUCUCCACACCAUUUCCAGAUUUUCCUACAGAUGCGGUAGCAGAGGAAGACUUUUUGAGUGCCGAAUUCUUGCCAACAACAGAAGUCGUGCCUGGGAAAGAAAUAUUUUGGAGCGAUCCUGGUGUACGUACUCCAGCGAAUACCCAGGGGAUGAACAUUUGGAGCAUUCUCCAUGAGUUCUUCGACACUGGGUAUAUCAUAUUUCCUGUUGUGUCGUAUGCCGACGUCGCAAUUCGGUUGCUCGAUACCCCAGAUUGGCCUGCGGUGCCUGAUCUGCGCACAUUACUCCUCGCUAUCCGCUUGAUGAUCGCUUGCGGCAAAUACCGAAUGGAUUCAAGGGAUGAAACUCUCCUCUACCAGUUGAUACGCGAGGUGGAAAUUUCGCGACUUGAGUACGAUUUUGCAGACCCAGCAUCUCUUGACGCGGUGGCUUGUUCUUUGUUUCUUUUUACUGCCUAUAAUAUCCUUGAGAAGCAUGGCCGCGCUUUCCUCUAUUUGGAUGAAGCGGCAACAUUAUUAGAGAAGACGACUCCGUCCACGGAAGCAGAGAAAAGGCGCAAGCUCCAGGUUCAACAAGUCAUGUUCAACACGGAAGUUGCGACUAUCGAGAUAUACGGGACUUCAACCACGCAACGCAGGACAAGGGAGCCGUCAUUGACUGAGGACAUCGUCUCAGUUUCGCAACUUGAAGACGGCAUAGACGUUUCUUCCACCAAAUUAGCCGCUCAUCUAUUGAAACAGCUCACCAAGAUCAACCUUGCCAAAGACGCAGACGCACUUCAGAAACUCAACAACGAGUCCCAUGAAGACAUUGAGAUCUUACUUGGCAGUGCUCUUCAGCAGCAUCGAUACUCUCGAAUCCAGGCGGCUGAUGUUAUUCUGACUCGUCAGUGGCAGCUCUCCUCUCGGUUCGUUCUGGGAGAUAGUGGCAUCAGCUCCCUUGCAAGGCCAUCCUGGUCCACAGUCGAGCAUCUCGGGCAUGUUGCAAUGUCAUGGGUGUGUCUUCUGCAAGAAGGCGAACUUCGAGUGGUGGGCUUGGGGAAACUGGCGGGACUGAUUCGGAAUAUUGCUGCAUUGGGAGAUUUACGAAAAGGUCGGACCAUAAUCGGUGGUUUGGCUGGCGCAGUAAGCAGGGAAGACCAUGACAAGAAAUAUGCUCCCACCCUGGCUAGAAUACUCAUCCCCAUGAUGUCCUCACUUACUUCGACACUCUCCAUGCCAAGCGAGCAGGUCUCCCAGCAUUUCUUGCCGAGUGUGCAUGGCGAAGUGCGGUCAAUUCGACCAAUGUUGGAAUGCGUUUCGAACGAUAACCCAUCAUUUCCUGUGGAAUCUAGCACUUCUGACAUAGGGGAAAUACUUUCAGGCCAACAAGAAGAAACAGAUUUCGAGCAGUUCAUCAACACAUCUUAA